GAAGAGGCUGAAGAGGAAAUUUAAAUAAGAGACGAAUAAUCAAUCAUUCUAAGAUGUAAGAUGAAACAUUGAAAAGGCAGAGACGUCCUCGAUUAAUCGCUGAUCAUUUUUAAUUCUCCCGAAUUAUUAAUCACUCAAUUUGUAAUAUUUAAUUGUAAUUAUUAAUUAAGCAAUUAAUUGAAUUUUGUCUUAUUAGUUAAAUUAAAUAUGUUUGUCAUGUAUUAUAUAUGUACUGUAAAUAGUGCAGAUAAAUGCGACUUUUCAUAGAUUUGUUGUUCUAAAAUGGACGGACUAAAAAAAAUGCAUACGUGUACAAUUUAAUUGUGUUCUGUGCUAUGCACACGAACUGUUAGUAACAAAAUUAUUAUUUUUUAUUAUAUGCGCUAGCGAGAAGGUAAAUAUAUCAUCUCGUUCGCGCCUAUGUAACACGGACAUACACCAAAAAAGACUCAUUGAUAGUGUGGAUAAGUGGAUGUGGACACGUAGUUUUACAGUCAUGUUUGGCGCUGAUGUUAGUCAAAUAUCGCGGUCGCACUGGCACGAAGAAGGCCGCGGUGACCGCGCUCAGGUUUCUCUCUAUUUUUUCUCAAUUUAACUUUUGCACCAGUUGGCACCAGUGCAUCAGUUAAGAAGAACAGGUGAUUUCAGAUUUUCAGAUCUGAUUGACUAACCUUUUAUUCUGAGAUUUAUUUACGUUUAAAGUAUAACAAUGCCGAUGGACAAAGACAUUAUCGAAUCGAAAAAAGAUGCAGGAGGCAAAAAUAAAGACAAAAUUUAUUGUAUAUUUUGUUCUUCAAAAAUGCUUAAUGUCGGAACUGCCAGAUUAAUAAAUAUAGACUUUGCUUUACCUUAUAUUCACAGUAAAGCUGAAGACAAAGCGAAUCAGUCAGAAAUGAUUUCUGAUUAUUGGUUAAUAGAAGAUAUGUACACUUUCGAAAAUAUUGGUGUGUCGCACACAGUGGAUAAUGUCAAGUAUUUAGCUUGUGCCGAUUGUGAAAGGGGUCCAGUAGGAUGGCACGAUUUGUCCACUAAAAAGUCCUAUAUUGCGUUAUGUAGAGUAAAACAUGAAUGAGCUUAAUAGACAUAAGACAUUAAAAUAAUUAUAUUUUAUAUAUAUAUGUCUAUAUAUAUAUAUAUUUAUACAUAUAUGUAUAUACAUAUAUAUAAAUAUAUAAAAUAUAUGUAUGUAUAAAU